AUGAUAUCAUUGAGUGMGACCGUGCUUAUCAAGAUGGGCGUGGCUGUUAUCAUGAUCCACGGCGUUUACCCAACAGCAACAAGUCAUGGAAGUGAUCGUGAUGCAAAAUACCAGGAACURCGAGAAGCCUACCAAACAGCCAGGUCACACCCCAGAGAUGAAAUAGCCGUGCCGCUGAAUGAYGUCACAAARACAGUCACUGAGACYGUAUACGUAACAACCACCAAACCAUCAUUAGCUGGCGUGACAUGCACGAAGGUUGUCACAGAUAUAGUCACAUAUACAACAAUCGCACCAACUGUCACGGAGACCGCAACAUUGCUUGUCACGGCUGUAGUAACGGUAACACCAUUCCUGUCAAGCAUUCCAGGACAGGCUGGUUCCAGCACGCCAGCUCCGAGUCAGACUGCCACAGAAGCGCCCGUGACUCCAAGUCUAGUGACUCCUACAGCUAGUCCAGCUGCUCCUACAGUUAGUCCAGCUGCUCCCACAGAUAGUCCAGCUGCUCCCACAGAUAGUUCUCAGGCUGUCCAGCCCACUAAUACUGUGGAUACAACACAACCACCAGGCGUUACUGAUACGGUCACGCAACAACCGGCUAGUGGUACAGAUGUCGCAGCUGUAUGUACAGCACAAGCUGUUGGCGUCACAGAAACUACCACAGUUACCGUGACAGCAACAGUUCCACAGACUGUUACGGUGACAGCUAGUAAGUGGUCAUUUUUUAACAUCAUGUAA